GCCUUCUAUGUACGCCUACCGCAUGACAGUCUGUCAAAAGUAGUAUUUUGUAAUCUUAAUAUUUAAGAUUUAUUAAAUUUAUAUACAUUUAUAAAGUUCAGCCGAAAUUUGGUAUCUAUAAUUAGGGAUAUUAGAAAUGACUGCGGAAUUAAAAAAGUUUCUUUAUGGGCUUCUAAGUAGCGUAGAAGGACUUCACAGUAUAUUGAUAACAGAUAGGGAUGGAGUACCUGUUAUUUCUGUUGCUGAUGAGAAAGCACCAGAAUUAGCCAUGAGAGCAAGUUUCUUGUCUACAUUUGGAAUGGCUACAGACCAAGGAAGUAAAUUAGGGCUUGGAAAAAAUAAAACUAUUAUAUGCAUGUAUAGUAGUUAUCAGGUCGUUCAAAUGAACAAGUUACCUUUAGUUAUUAGUUUUAUUGCUAGUCAUAACUGUAAUACAGGUCAUAUUUUAUCUCUGGAAAGUAAAAUUGAUCCCAUCCUAAGCAAUUUAAAAAAUGCAGUAGUGGAAGCCUGAUGGUUACCUGUUGUGCAUUACGGGUGAUAAAUACCAAAUGUUUACAGUUAAAUUUGGUAAACACUUGUAAUGAACACAAAUAUUACAAAUAAUGCUAGAGACUUUAUUACAUUAUUGUUUGUCUAAUUUACAAAAAAUAUUCAAAUUACAAUUUUUUA